CAUUUAAAUGUGUAGCUAACUGACCCAGAAGUUUCGUAUACAACAGAGGAGAGAGACACUGUUCAACUUGAAACAUGAGGUACUUGAGGGAAAAGAGCCUCGCCCAACUAGAGAACCUGUGCAAGCAGCUCUACGAAACUACCGAUACAACGACUCGACUCCAGGCAGAGAAAGCCUUGGUUGAAUUUACCAAUAGUCCUGAUUGCCUGAGCAAGUGCCAACUGCUCCUGGAAAGAGGGAGUUCAUCGUACUCCCAGUUACUGGCAGCUACAUGCCUUACAAAGCUUGUAUCACGUACAAACAACCCUUUGCCGUUGGAACAACGGAUAGACAUUCGGAACUAUGUGCUCAACUACCUUGCCACUCGGCCAAAACUGGCUACUUUUGUGACCCAAGCACUUAUUCAAUUAUAUGCUCGAAUUACAAAGCUGGGUUGGUUUGACUGUCAGAAGGAUGAAUACGUCUUCAGAAAUGUAAUCACAGACGUCACAAGAUUUUUACAAGAUAGUGUUGAACACUGCAUCAUUGGAGUGACAAUUCUUUCUCAGCUAACCAAUGAAAUUAAUCAAGCAGACACCACCCAUCCUCUGACCAAACAUAGAAAAAUAGCCUCCUCUUUUCGAGAUUCAUCAUUAUUCGAUAUCUUCACUCUCUCGUGCAAUUUACUAAAACAGGCUUCAGGAAAAAACCUGAAUUUGAAUGAUGAAAGUCAGCAUGGUUUACUCAUGCAACUGCUUAAACUCACCCAUAACUGCCUAAACUUUGAUUUUAUCGGCACAUCAACAGAUGAGUCCUCAGAUGACCUGUGCACAGUACAAAUUCCUACUAGUUGGAGAUCAGCAUUCUUAGAUUCUUCCACCCUGCAGCUGUUUUUUGACCUGUAUCAUUCCAUCCCUCCUUCAUUUUCUCCUCUGGUCCUAUCCUGUUUAGUGCAAAUUGCUUCAGUCCGCAGAUCCCUGUUUAAUAAUGCAGAAAGAGCAAAGUUUCUCUCUCAUCUUGUUGAUGGUGUUAAACGAAUACUGGAAAAUCCACAGAGUUUAUCAGACCCAAACAAUUACCAUGAGUUUUGCAGGCUUCUGGCCAGAUUGAAAAGUAACUACCAACUUGGAGAAUUGGUUAAGGUGGAAAACUACCCUGAGGUUAUCCGGUUAAUAGCCAACUUUACAGUGACAAGCUUACAGCACUGGGAAUUUGCCCCAAAUAGUGUGCACUAUCUCCUGAGUCUGUGGCAGCGACUGGCUGCCUCUGUACCAUAUGUCAAAGCCACAGAGCCCCACAUGCUGGAAACCUAUACUCCUGAAGUCACCAAAGCCUACAUCACAUCACGCUUGGAGUCUGUGCAUAUCAUCCUAAGAGAUGGUCUGGAAGACCCACUGGAUGAUACAGGCCUGGUCCAACAGCAGUUGGAUCAACUAUCUACAAUUGGUCGCUGUGAAUAUGAGAAGACAUGUGCACUCCUUGUCCAGCUAUUUGACCAGUCAGCCCAGUCAUACCAAGAGCUGCUCCAGAGUGCUAGUGCAAGUCCCAUGGACAUCGCAGUGCAAGAAGGACGACUAACGUGGCUGGUUUACAUUAUUGGUGCAGUGAUUGGGGGCCGUGUUUCAUUUGCAAGCACAGAUGAGCAAGAUGCUAUGGAUGGCGAACUGGUCUGUCGGGUUCUUCAGCUGAUGAACCUGACAGACUCUCGCUUGGCCCAGGCAGGGAAUGAGAAGCUAGAAUUAGCCAUGCUGAGCUUCUUUGAACAGUUCCGUAAGAUCUACAUUGGCGACCAGGUGCAGAAAUCCUCCAAGCUAUAUCGCCGACUCUCAGAAGUCUUGGGUUUAAACGACGAGACCAUGGUCCUGAGCGUCUUCAUAGGAAAAAUCAUCACAAACUUGAAGUACUGGGGCCGCUGUGAACCGAUCACCUCUAAGACACUACAGCUUCUCAAUGACCUCUCUAUCGGGUACAGUAGUGUGAGGAAAUUGGUGAAACUUAGUGCAGUACAGUUUAUGCUGAACAAUCACACGAGCGAGCACUUUUCAUUUUUGGGUAUUAACAAUCAGUCCAACCUGACAGACAUGCGGUGUCGAACUACAUUCUACACGGCACUUGGGCGCCUCCUCAUGGUGGAUUUAGGGGAGGAUGAGGAUCAAUAUGAGCAGUUCAUGUUGCCUCUCACAGCAGCAUUUGAAGCUGUUGCCCAGAUGUUUAGUACUAAUACUUUCAAUGAACAGGAAGCAAAGCGAACUCUAGUGGGCCUAGUGAGAGAUCUGAGGGGCAUAGCUUUUGCCUUCAAUGCGAAGACCAGCUUCAUGAUGUUGUUUGAAUGGAUGUACCCAUCUUACAUGCCAAUCCUUCAGAGGGCAAUUGAACUUUGGUACCAUGACCCAGCCUGUACUACACCUGUGCUCAAACUGAUGGCUGAAUUGGUACAUAACAGGUCCCAACGACUUCAGUUUGAUGUCUCUUCCCCAAAUGGUAUCUUACUUUUCCGGGAAACCAGCAAAAUGAUAACUACAUAUGGAAAUCGCAUUCUGACUCUGGGAGAAGUCCCAAAGGAUCAAGUCUAUGCGCUGAAGCUCAAGGGUAUCUCCAUCUGCUUCUCCAUGUUAAAGGCUGCACUCAGUGGAAGCUAUGUUAACUUUGGGGUCUUCCGACUCUAUGGAGAUGAUGCAUUGGACAACGCGUUACAGACCUUUAUCAAGCUGCUCCUCUCUAUUCCACAUAGUGACCUCCUGGAUUACCCCAAGCUCAGUCAGUCAUAUUAUUCUUUACUGGAAGUCCUCACCCAGGACCAUAUGAACUUUAUUGCCAGCCUGGAACCCCAUGUUAUCAUGUAUAUUCUUUCUUCCAUUUCUGAAGGACUUACUGCACUAGACACCAUGGUAUGCACAGGCUGCUGCUCCUGCCUGGACCACAUAGUGACAUACCUCUUCAAGCAGCUGUCACGUAGCACCAAGAAGAGAACCACCCCGCUGACCCAGGAAAGUGACCGUUUCCUGCACAUUAUGCAGCAGCAUCCAGAGAUGAUCCAGCAGAUGCUGUCAACGGUGCUGAAUAUUAUCAUUUUUGAGGAUUGUCGGAACCAGUGGUCCAUGUCCCGACCUCUACUUGGUUUGAUAUUACUUAAUGAAAAGUAUUUCUCAGAUUUGAGGAACAGUAUAGUGAACAGCCAGCCCCCUGAAAAACAGCAGGCAAUGCAUCUGUGUUUUGAGAAUCUGAUGGAAGGCAUUGAACGAAAUCUUCUGACAAAAAACAGAGAUAGGUUCACCCAGAACUUAUCAGCGUUUCGUCGGGAAGUCAAUGACUCCAUGAAAAAUUCCACCUAUGGCGUGAAUAGCAAUGACAUGAUGAGCUGACACCUUACCGGAUUCCAUCUGUACAGAGCAGUGUCCCUUUGGUCUGGCCCAGAGGGUUGAACAAUUCUGAGGGGGAGAGGGUAUGGCUGACCCUUGCUCCUCCCUCUGGGGGGGGAUUACAAAGGUCAGUUUGGCUGUUUUCCCAGGGAAGAGGGGUGUGAGCCUGUGCUCACCAGGGGGCAGGGCACUGCUUGGUUCCUGGGAGGUGGGGUGGGGUUGGGGGAAGUGGGGAUAGUAAGCAGGAAGGUGUGAGAAUCCAGCCCCCUCUUCCUAGUGGAGGGGAAGAACCCCAGCGUCCUGACACAACCUGCCUUGUAUAAACAUGUACAUUUUUUCAUAACAUUUUGAACAAGGUUUAUAUUGACUCAAGUUUAAAAAAAAAAAAAAGUGUGAUUGAAAAAUUUUUACAGAGUCUAGUGCACCAAUGCUGAAGUGAGGGGUUGUGUAUGCAAGUGAUGAAAAUGUGUAUUCUGGUGGCCUGAAGCUUUACUGGAUGAGGGUGUGUGAAAGUGCAGAGAUAUAUUUAGUGACAAGCGUAGAGAGAGGCAAAAAAAAAAAAAAAAAAAAAAAAA